UUGGAGGUUUUUUCUCAAUAUAUACAUACACUUAUAAUAAUUUAUUGCUCUGUUUGAAUGUUGUUCUCUAAUGACAGUAUAUGAAACUUGCAAUUAAAUUGGGGGUCUUACUACUUUAUGCAGCGAAAAUUUUAUUAAAAUAUGUUGCCAGGCAUUGGCGUCUUUGGUACAGGCGCUAUAGCCAAAGUAUUGGUGCCAUUUCUUAGAGAAAAAGGAUUUUCCGUUGAAGCGAUAUGGGGAGUAACCUUGCAAGAAGCUGAAGCAGCAGCAAAGGAGUUGAAGAUCCCAUUUUUCACUAAUAAAAUAGAUGAUGUUCUUCUGAAGAAAAAUGUCAAUCUUGUGUUUAUUGUGUGCGCACCAAAUUUACACGCCCAAAUAUCUGUGAAAGCUCUUGGCAUAGGAAAACAUGUAGUUUGUGAUAAACCUGCAGGACUUUGCCAGGCUGAAGCUCUGAAAAUGGUACGAGCGGCUCAGUAUUAUCCCACUUUGAUAUCUAUAAUAAAUCAUUCCCUCAGAUUCUUGCCAGCUUUCAGUCAUAUGAGGAAAAGUAUACAAGAAGGAUAUCUAGGUGAUCCAGAAGAGUUGACCUUAAUAGAUGUGAGAGUACAAAUGGGACCAUUACUGGGCGAAAGUUAUAAUUGGUUAUGUGAUGACACAAUGGGAGGUGGGUCACUCACUUUGGUUGGUAGCCAUGUAAUCGACUUGGUAUCAUAUCUCACAGGUCAAAAAGUUGUAAAAGUCCAUGGUGUAUUGAGAACAUUUGUUGAAGAGACUUCAAAAGUAAAUGGUAUUAGAAAAAUAACUGCACCAGACUUUUGUACAUUUCAAUUACAAAUGGACAAGGGGUUGUUAGUGACUGCCACAGUGAGCAACCAUUUGCCUGGGCCUUGUUUCAACCAAGAAAUCUAUGUGUGCAGCAAAAGAGGUUACAUGGUAGUAAGAGGAGGAGACUUGCAUGGGAAACUGCACAAAACUCAUUCAAAAACGAAUUUAGAAGAUGAAGGGAAAAGACCUCAUGACAAAGAAGAAGUUAUUUAUGUAGAUGUUGAAGAUUUAAGUUGCGCUUCUAGUGUGGUGCCAAAACCAUAUGUGAAAGGACUUUGUAAAAUGAUAAGCGCGCUAAAAGAGGCUUUUUUACCUGUGAAAGAGCAAAUGGACUGGGUGAAGGAGCCUGUGAGGGCUGCGGCUACUUUUGAAGAUGGGCAGAGAGUCCAGGCCACCAUGGAAGCAUUACGUCAGUCGAAUGAGGAUGGAUGUUGGAUCACAGUACAACUGUUGACAGAGCCACCAGAUCCAAACCCAGCUUUGUCAGCUGCAGUGAGACGUACAGCCAUAUCUUUGCAAUAGUUAUAUGUAAAUUACAUUGAAAUGCCAUUUGUAUGUACCUUUUUAUUUUUUAAAGUUACAAAUCCCUAUUCAUUUAAAGUCAGUAUUGUGAUUAAUUAGUUGUUUUAGAUUUUUUUACAAAUACAUAUUUAAUAAUAGAUUAAAAUUAAGUACUAGUAAUUCUGCUUCAAAUGAAAAGUAUUUUUUUAUAUGUACCUAGUUAUUUAUAUUUUAUUUAUUAUUCUAUGUAUAGGCAAAAUAAUUUUCAUUAUGAUUGUACAUUUGAAUUAAAUAUGCACUGAAUACUUUAAAUUUUAAUAAAUAUCAGUAUGUAUUUAAUGAGAUUGUGAAAUGAGAAAACAAUGGAGCUAGCAGAUAAGAAAAGAAAUCAAAGUUUUGAUUGAUAUUUAGAUAAGGCAUAUUUUACUGCUUAAGAUCUUGCAUAAGGUUGUGAGAAUCAUACAUUUACAAAAUUGUAAUUUUAAAGGCACCAUUUAAGAUCG